AUGAACAUAAAUGAAGAAGAAAAGGAUGAAGCACAAAUAAAGGAUGAGGUUAGAGAAAUGGGAAGGAAUGGAAUCACUCAUAUUCCAAUUGAGAAGAAAAAUCUCAUCAGCCUUAAAACACCAUCAGGCACUAUUUCCAGCUCAGAAGAAGGAAUCAAUGGAUUAUAUAAAGAGGAAAUGUUUAAUGUUCUCGCUAGAGAUGUGGGAAUGCCAGAGGAUGAAACCUUUCUGUACUCUACUAUUUACUGA